AUGAACCCAACUUCUGCUAAUAGUGGCAGUUUGGGUUUGAAUACAAUUGUAUCAACACUUGUUCAAAAUCCUUCAACACGACCACCAUCAACUAGUGCAACUAUUGUUACGAAUAUUUCUAGCGCUUCGUCACCUAUAAAUCUCUUUGCUAAUUUACCUGGUGGAAUUUUUCCACCAAAUAAUAACACUACAUCCAGCCAAGGGCAAUCGACAUCUUCACGCCUUAAAGUGGAGGAUGCACUUAGUUAUCUCGAUAAGGUGAAGAACCAAUUUGCGCUUCAACCGCAAGUAUACAAUCAAUUUUUGGAUAUUAUGAAAGAGUUCAAAUCACAAAGUAUUGAUACUCAAGAAGUUAUAAAUCGUGUAUCAACACUCUUUCAUGGUCAUCCAGAUUUGAUCGUUGGUUUCAAUACCUUUUUACCUCCAGGUUAUAAAAUUGAAGUUAGUGAUGACCAUAUUGGUUAUAUUCAAGUGACUCAUCCAUCAUCACGAAUAGAAUCAAUUCAAAUUGGUAAUCCUAGUUCAACUUAUAAUCUCGCAAUAACAACGCCAACAUCAACUACAUAUCAUUCAUCAGCAUCUAUACGUCAAACAUCAAAUUUAUUAAAUCAAGAUAAUGAUGAAACACAAAUAACAAAUGAUAGUCAACAACAACAAUCAAUUAAUACAACAUCACAAGCAGUUAGUGCAUUAAUAUCAGCUGCUAGUUCACCACAAUUACCAUUUUUUGGUACAACAGGUGGAUUAAAUAUAUCAGCAAAAACAAAUAAACAACAAGCAUCAAAUGUUAAUACUAAUAACAAUAACACGACUACAAAUUCUAAUGGACAACCAGUUGAAUUUAAUCAUGCAAUUAAUUAUGUUAAUAAAAUUAAAAAUCGAUUUCAUCAAAAUCCAAAUGUAUAUAAAACAUUUCUUGAAAUUCUUCAUACAUAUCAAAAACAACAAAAAGAUGCAAAAGAAUCAUCAAUAGUUCAAUCGAUAACAGCAACAACGCCAAUAACAACAACAAAUAAUGGAGCAAAUAAUCAACCAGUUAUAUUAUCUGAAACAGAAGUUUAUGCUAAAGUAGCACAAUUAUUUACUAAUCAUGAAGAUCUUCUUGCAGAAUUUAGUCAAUUUUUACCUGAUGCUAGUCAACAACCAACUGAACUUGCAAAUACUAUAACGGAGAUUCUAUCAUCAUCAGGUGCUUCAACUCCACCAAUACAUCCAAUAACAACAAAUCCAAUUGUAACUAAUACAGGAUCACGUUUAAUUAUAAAUAAUACGAUGCCAUCAUCAUCAACAUCAUUUUUAACAAUUAAUAAUAAUAACAAUAAUACUUCGAAUACAACAACAUCAACUCCAUCAAUUACUGUUCUACCACCAACGGCAAUUAAAGAUGAAACAAGUCUUCCAUUAUCACCAAUACGUACUUCAAUAAUAACAUCAACAAAUACAAAUAAACGUUCGGUUUCUUCAUCGAAACCAACUGGAAUACCAAAGAAAAAACGUAUGACAAUUACAGAUAAUAUUUCAACAACAUUAAAUAUAAAUGAGACAACUAUUCGAGAUUCAACAGGACAAAAUAAAAAAUUACCUUCAAUGGAUGAAAUCGCAUUUUUUGACAAAGUCCAAAAAAGUCUUCGUAGUCCAUUGGUAUUCGAUAAUUUUUUACGUUGUAUACUUCUUUAUACAAAACGAAUUAUAUCUCGUAUUGAAUUAUUUGAACUUAUACAAUCUUAUCUUAGUCAUGUACCAGAAUUAUUAAAAACAUUUCAAGAAUUAAUUAAUUUAAGUGAACCAGGAGAAGUUAUUAUUCCAAAAAGUAUUUAUGAUCAAAAUGAUACUGAUAGUAUGAUUAGUAUUGAUUAUGGUUCAUGUUCGCAAUAUGGUACAAGUUAUCGAUCUGUACCACGUUCUUAUAAUCCUCCAGCAUGCGGUGGCCGAACACAAUUAUGUAAAGAAGUACUUAAUGAUCAUUGUGUUUUAUUUCCAACAUUUACUGAUGAAUCCUCAUCCGUCGCAGCAAAGAAAAGUAUUUUCGAAGAACAUAUGUAUAAAAUAGAAGAUGAACGUUUUGAACUUGAUAUUGUUAUGGAAGUUAAUUUAAGUGCAAUAAGAGCAUUAGAAAGUGUACAAUCACAAAUGAAUUCUUUAACAUCAGAACAAUUGAAUAAUUUUCAAUUAGAUGAUCAAUUAGGUGGACAAUCAGCAUUUACUCAAAGACAAGCUGUACAAAGAAUUUAUGGUGAACGUGCAAGUGAAAUUAUUGAUGGUUUAAAAAGAAAUCCACGUGUUGCUGUUCCAAUUGUUUUAAAACGUUUAAAAUCUAAAGAUGAAGAAUGGCGUGAAUCAAAAAAGAAUUUUGAACGUUUUUGGAAAGAACAAAGUGAAAAAUAUUAUCUUAAAUCUUUAGAUUAUAUGGGAAUAAAUUGUAAAAACUCCGAUGCAAGAAUUAUUCGAAAUCGUCAUUUAUUAAAUGAAAUUGAAAAUAUUAAAGCUGAACGUGAUCAACAAUUAACUUUAAAUAAUAAUCAACCGCAUCUUAUAUAUCGUUAUGAAGAUUUAUCUAUACUUGAUGAUGCUGCAUCAUUAAUUGUUUUUCUUGUUAAACGUCAAAUGGCAUUUGAUAAAGAAGAUAAACAAAAUAUUAAAAAAAUUAUGUAUCAAUUUUUACCUGAUUUCCUGUUUUCACCACGUGGAGAAUUAAGUGACGACGAAGAAGAUGAUGACGAUGAUGAUAAUGAGAAUAAUACUAAACGUGAUAAACGAACUCGACCAACUCGUCAUACAGAUACAAAUCGACGUCGUACAACAGAAUCUUCAACAACAAAACCACGACAAAUUGCACAAGAAUUUCAAAAACCUGAUGAUAUGUUUCAUCUAUUUUUUGUUAAUGAUAAUUAUUAUUAUUUUUUUCGUCUUCAUCAAUUAUUAUGUGAACGUUUAUUAAAAAUGUUUCAACAAUCAUUACGAUUAAUUGAACAAGAAAAUAGUUCACAACGUAAUCGACCAACAUCUGCUGCUAGUGUACUUCGUUUAUCAAAUCGUCCGAAUAUACCGGUUGAUGAAUAUUAUUCAGCAUUUCUUGAUAUGGUUCGAAAUUUACUUGAUGGCAAUAUGGAUGCUUCAUCUUAUGAAGAUUCUUUACGUGAAAUGUUUGGUAUUCAUGCAUAUAUUGCCUUUACAAUGGACAAAAUUAUUCAUAAUUGUGUUCGACAAUUACAAGCUAUUGUCACAGACGAAUCAUUGGAUGCAAUUAUGCGGUUAUAUUCACGUCCAAAUGGUUCAGUUGGUCUUGUUGAUAAUCUUUAUUCAACAUCACAACAAAAUGCAGAAGCUGCUUAUCAACGUGAAAUGGAAACCUAUGCUGAUGGAAAUCGUUUAUUUCGUAUAUGUUCAUUUAAAAAUGAUCGUCGAGUAACAACUUCAUUGAUUGUUGUUGAUUCAUCGGAUGAUGAUGAUGAAGAAAGAAUAGUUGAGAAUGGUACAUAUUAUGCUGAAAAAUAUUUACAUGGUAAUGAAGGUGAUUAUGAUGAUACAACAAUGGCACGUUUAAGAGCAAAAUUAAGAAAAAAACCUCGAUUUUUACAUCGAAAUCUUCGACUAUCAAACGAUCCAUCAACACCUAAAAUAAUAACAAUAAAUAAUGAUUAUUGUCAAAUUGAUACUAAAACGCUUAAACGUAAACCAUUUCAUCGUGCUGGCUUCUUUUUUUAUAAACGUGAUUCAUUACGUUCUACGAAACAAAAUCAUAAAAAAAUAGCACUUGAACAAUAUAAUCAUUUUACAAAAUUCUAUGAUGAUUGGUCAUCCAAAUAUGUAUCUGAAGAUGAUUCAUUAAAUAAUCUUUGGCUUAAAACACAUCGAUUUAAUAAUACUAAUACUAAUGAACAAGAACAUUUAAUUGUUCAAUCAACAUCUUCAAAUAAUGAAAAUAAUGUUAAACCACCUUAUCAUCCUUACCAACAAUAUCAUAUUGUGGAUACAGAAAAAUAA